AUGGAGUUCAUUAAGCUGUUACUUGUUAUUCUGAUAAGUGAAAAAGUGUUGCCAAGCGGUGAUGAACUCUGCAUGAGUCAAUCAAAUGUUCGUAUUAAUGCUGAUGAUGUCGGCGACGAGUCUUCAUUAAAUAUUCAUGAUUAUGAUGAUAACAUAGGAUUAAAGAGUACUGAAGGAAAACAACUAAAAGAAGCGUUAAAUCAUACAUGUUUAGAUGGACAAAUAAAUGUCUGUUUAGUUGCUUACAACAUGAAAAAAAAAAAGGAAAUUCCUUUGCCUUAG